UGCGCUCACUCGUGCACCAAGGAGAAGCAGGACCAUCCGGUAGCCCACGUGAAUCCAACAGCAAUGGCCAGAUCAAGGGGUCCAAUCUAGUCUUAAGGGCCAACAAUCCAGGAUUCUCUCAGUCAACCAAAGCCUAUCUGGGAAGAAGUGCAAGAGCAACUAGAAAAGAAAGGCGCCAAGGCUUUGUAUGCAUUUGAAGAAAAACUAGAAAAACACAGGAAGAAAUUGUUAAGUGAAAGUAAGAGCUUAUCCAAAAAAAGGAAAAAAAAGAAAAAGACGAAGAAAUCUGGUAGGUAUUCGUCGUCUUCAUCAUGCUCUGAUUCUUCCAGCAGUUCUUCUGAUUCUGAGGAUGAGGAUAAGAAACACGGAAAAGGGAGAAAGAAAAAGAACCAUUCACAUAAAUCUUCUGAAAGCUCCAUGUCAGAAACUGAAUCAGACAGUAAGGAUAGAAAGACAAUAGGGAAAAAAGACUUCUUUUUAAAGAAAAAGAAAGACCCAACUGAGAAAGAAAAAGGCUUGAGGGGAGUGUGGAAAGAGAAAAAGUCCAACUUCCUCACUGCCCUGGCUGUGGGAAAGGGCCUCUGGGCUGAAGUCAGCAGCUCUGCUGAGCAACUGAGGCAGAGAUAUCCUGGGAACUCCACACAAAUCCAACGACAGCAGGAGGAACUGAGCCAGAGGUGGGGGCAGCUGGAGGCCCUGAAGAGGGAGAAGGCUGUGCAGCUGGCACACAGUGCAGAAGUGUGCAGUUUUCUGCAGGAGUGUGGACCCACGCAGGUCCAGCUGCGAGACGUGCUCCUCCAGCUGGAGGCGCCGCAGCCAGGGAGCUCAGAGGACACCCGCCACGCCCUGCAGCUGGCCCAGAAGAAGACCGUGGUGCUGGAGAGGAGGGUCCACCUCCUCCAAAGGGUGGUCGUAAAGGUCGAGGAGUCAGGCCACGCAGAGAGCCAGCCUCUGCAAGGACAGGUGGAGACACUGCAGGGGCUGCUGAAGCAAGUACAGGAACGAGUGGCCCAACAGGCCCGGGGCCAGGCUGAGGCUCAGGCCCGGCAGAGCUUCCUGCAAGAGAGCCGGCAACUGCUCCUGUGGGCAGAGAGUGUCCAGGCUCAGCUGCACAGCCAGGAGGAGUUGGUGGAUGUGGCCUCGGCUCAGCAGCUGCUGAGGGAGCACCAAGACCUGCUGGAGGAAAUCCACCUGUGGCAGGAGAGGCUGCAGCAGCUGGAUGCUCAGAGCCAGCCCAUGGCAGCCUUGGACUGCCCAGACUCCCAAGAGGUGGCCAACACUCUGAGGCUCCUGGGGCAGCAGGGCCAGGAGCUGAAGGCUGUGUGGGAGCAGAGGCGGCAGUGGCUGCAAGAGGGGCUGGAGCUGCAGAAGUUUGGCCGAGAAGUGGAUGGUUUCACUGCCACCUGUGCCAACCACCAGGCCUGGCUGCACCUGGACAACCUUGGGGAGGACGUGAGGGAGGCCCUGAGCCUGCUGCAGCAGCACCGGGAGUUUGGGCGGCUCCUGAGCACCCUGGGGCCUCGGGCAGAGGCUCUGUGGGCACACGGCGAGAAGCUGGUUCAGAGCCAGCACCCAGCUGCACACACGGUCAGAGAGCAGCUGCAGAGUGUCCAGGCACAGUGGACCAGGCUCCAGGGGAGGAGUGAGCAGAGGAGGAGGCAGCUGCUGGCUUCCCUCCAGCUCCAGGAGUGGAAGCGGGACGUGGCGGAGCUGAUGCAGUGGAUGGAGGAGAAGGGGCUGAUGGUGGCGCAUGAGCCCUCCGGAGCGCGCAGAAACAUCCUGCAGGCACUCAAGCGGCACAAAGCAGCUGAGAGCGAGCUACUCGCCACCCGCAGACACGUGGAGGCCCUGCAGCAGGUUGGGAGAGAGCUGUUGAGCAGGAGGCCCUGUGGCCAGGAGGACAUACAGACCAGGCUUCAAGGCCUGAGGAGCAAGUGGGAAGCCUUGAACCGCAAGAUGACUGAGCGUGGGGACGAGCUCCGGCAGGCUGGACAGCAGGAGCAGCUCCUGAGGCAGCUGCAGGAUGCAAAGGAGCAGCUGGAGCAGCUCGAAGGGACCCUGCAGAGCUCGGAAACAGGGCAGGACCUGUGCUCCAGCCAGAGGCUGCAGAAACGGCACCACCAGCUGGAGAGUGAGAGCCGGACCCUGGCCGCCAAGAUGGCUGCCCUUGCCUCCAAGGCCCAUGGCGUAGCCGCCUCCCCAGCCAUCCUGGAAGAGACCCAGAAGCACCUCCAGAGGCUAGAGCUUCUGCAGGGGCAUCUGGCCAUCCGGGGCCUGCAGCUGCAGGCCUCAGUGGAGCUGCACCAGUUCUGCCGCCUGAGCAACAUGGAGCUCUCAUGGGUAGCCGAGCACAUGCCCCAUGGCAGCCCCACCAGCUAUACCGAGUGCUUGAAUGGUGCCCAGAGACUUCACCGCAAGCACAAGGAGCUCCAGGUGGAGGUAAAAGCUCACCAGGGGCAGGUGCAACGGGUGCUGAGUUCUGGGUGGAGCCUGGCAGCCUCGGGGCACCCCCAAGCCCAACACAUCGUGGAGCAGUGCCAGGAGCUGGAAGGCCACUGGGCAGAGCUGGAGAGGGCAUGUGAGGUGCGGGCCCAGUGUCUGCAGCAGGCUGUCGCUUUCCAGCAGUACUUUCUGGAUGUGUCAGAGCUGGAGAGCUGGGUGGAGGAGAAGCGGCCACUGGUGAGCAGUCAGGACUAUGCCAGAGACGAGGCAGCCACCCUCAGGCUCAUUAAGAAGCACCAGGCUCUACGGGAGGAACUGGCCAUUUACUGGAGCUCCAUGGAGGAGCUGGAGCAGAGGGCCCAAACCCUCACUGGCCCCAAAGUCACUGAGCAGCAGCGUGUGGUGCGGGAGAGGCUCCGGGAGCAGCUGCGGGCACUGCAGGAGUUGGUGGCCACACGGGACCGGGAACUGGAGGGGACCCUGAGGCUGCACAAGUUCCUGAGGGAGACCGAGGACCUGCAGAGCUGGCUGGCAAGGCAGAAGCAGGAGGCCGAAGGAGGGGAGAGCCUGGGGGAGGACCCCGAGCACGCCCUGCGCCUCUGCACCAAGUUUGCAAAGUUUCAGCGCCAAGUGGAGAUGGGCAGCAAGCGGGUGGCCGCCUGCCGGCUGCUGGCGGAGAGCCUGGUAGAGCGUGGGCACACUGCUGGCCCCAUGGUCCGUCAGAGGCAGCAGGAUCUGCAGGCCACCUGGUCGGAGCUGUGGGAGCUGACCCAGGCCCGAGGCCACGCGCUCCGAGAUGCCGAGACCACCCUCAGAGUUCACAGAGAUCUCUUGGAAGUCCUCACCCAGGUCCAGGAGAAAGCCACGAGCCUCCCCAACAGUGUGGCGUGGGACCUGCGUGGGCUGGAGGCUCAGCUGAGAAGCCACCAGGGACUGGAGCGAGAACUCGUGGGCACCGAGCAGCAGCUGCAGGAACUGCUGGAGACUGCAGGCAGGGUGCAGAAGCUGUGUCCGGGGCCUCAGGCCCAUGCGGUGCAGCAGAGGCAGCAAGCUGUGAUGCAGGCGUGGGCAGUGCUGCAGCAACGCGUGGAGCAGCGCAGGACCCAGCUGGAGCGGGCACGCCUCCUGGCCCGCUUCCGCACCGCGGUGCGCGAUUACACCUCCUGGGCAGCCCGCGUGCGCCAGGACCUGCAGGUGGAGGAGAGUUCGCAAGAGCCCAGCAGUGGCCCGCUGAAGCUCAAUGCCCACCAGUGGCUCCAGGCGGAGCUGGAGGCCCGGGAGAAGCUGUGGCAGCAGGCCGCCCAGCUGGGCCAGCAGGCACUCCUGGCUGCAGGGACACCCACCAAGGAGGUCCAGGAAGAGCUUCGAGCCCUGCAGGACCAGAGGGACCAGGUGUAUCAGGCCUGGGCACGGAAGCAAGAGAGGCUGCAGGCCGAGCAGCAGGAGCAGCUCUUCCUCAGAGAGUGCGGCCGCCUGGAGGAGAUCCUCGCGGCCCAGGAGGUCUCCCUGAAAACCAGUGCCUUGGGGAGCUCGGUGGAAGAGGUAGAGCAGUUGAUUCGCAAGCACGAGGUCUUCCUGAAGGUUCUGACUGCCCAGGACAAGAAGGAGGCAGCCCUGCGUGAGCGGCUGAAGAUGCUCCAGCGCCCCCGGGUGCGGGACCGGCUUCCCAUCCUGCUGCAGCGCCGGGUGAGAGUGAAGGAGCUGGCGGAGAGCCGGGGACACGCCCUGCACGCCUCCCUGCUGAUGGCCAGCUUCACCCGGGCCGCAACCCAGGCUGAGGACUGGAUCCAGGCAUGGGCCCAGCAGCUGAAGGAGCCGAUCCCUCCUGGGGACCUGAGAGAUAAGCUGAAGCCCCUGCUGAAACACCAGGCCUUUGAGGCUGAAGUCCAGGCCCAUGAGGAGGUCAUUACCUCUGUUGCCAAGAAGGGAGAGGCUCUCCUGGCACAGAGUCACCCUCGAGCGGCAGAGGUCUCCCAGUGGCUGCAGGGCCUGCGGAAGCACUGGGAGGACCUGAGGCAGGCAGUGGCCCUCAGAGGCCAGGAGCUGGAGGACAGGCGGAACUUCCUGGAGUUCCUGCAGAGAGUGGACCUCGCAGAGGCCUGGAUCCAGGAGAAGGAGGUGACAAUGAAUGUUGGUGACCUGGGCCAGGACCUGGAGCACUGCCUGCAGCUCCGACGGCGGCUCCGCGAGUUCCGAGGAACCUCGGCUGGGGACACAGUGGGUGAUGCCCGCAUCAGGAGCAUCAGUGACUUGUCGCUGCAGCUCAAGAACCGGGACCCUGAGGAAGUCAAGAUCAUCUGCCAGCGGCGAAGCCAGCUCAACAACAGGUGGGCGAGUUUCCAUGGCAACCUGCUCCGGUACCAGCAGCAGCUCGAAGGGGCCCUAGAGAUACACACAUUGUCCCGAGAGCUAGACAAUGUCACCGAGAGGAUUCAGGAGAAGGAAGCCCUGAUGCAGGCCCUGGACUGCGGGAAGGAUCUGGAGAGCACACAGAGGCUGCUGCGGAAACAUGAGGAGCUGGAGCGGGAAGUGCACCUCAUCCAGGCCCAGGUGGAGUCCCUAGAGCAUGAAGUGGGCCGCCUCUGCCAGAGAAGCCCUGAGGCAGCCCACAGCCUCAGACACAGGCAGCAGGAGGUAGCCGAGAGCUGGUGGCAGCUCCUGAGCAGGGCCCAGAAGCGGAGGGAGGCGCUGGAUGCCUUGCACCAAGCUCAGGAACUCCAGGCAACGCUGCAGGAAUUGCUGGUCGGCGCCCAGAGGCUGCGGGCUCAGAUGGACACGAGCCCCGCUCCUCACAGCCCUGUGGAAGCCCGGCAUAUGUUAGAAGAGCAUCAGGAGCGCAAGGCCGAGCUGGACUCCUGGGCAGACAGCAUCAGCCUGGCCCGAAGCACUGGGCAGCGACUGCUCACAGCGGGGCACCCCUCCAGCUCCGACAUUCGCCAGGCGCUGGCUGGCUUAGAACAGGAGCUGAGCAGCCUGGAAGGGGCCUGGCAGGAGCACCAGCUGCAGCUGCAGCAGGCCCUGGAGCUACAGCUGUUUCUGAGCUCCGUGGAGAAGAUGGAACGUUGGCUUUGCAGCAAGGAAGACUCCCUAGCCAGUGAGGGUCUAUGGGACCCCUUGGACCCCAUGGAGCCCCUUCUGUGGAAGCACAAGAUGCUGGAGCGGGACCUGGAGGUGCAGGCGGGAAAGAUCAGCACUCUGGAGGCCACGGCCCGCGGCCUGCACCACGGUGGGCACCCCGAGGCCCAAAGUGCCCUGGGCAGUUGCCAGGCCAUGCUUCGAAGGAAGGAGGUGCUCUUCAGGCAAGCCGGGACCCGCCGCCGUCGCCUGGAGGAGCUCCAGCAGCUGCAGGCCUUCCUGCAGGACUCCCAGGAGGUGGCCACGUGGCUGAGGGAGAAGAACCUGGUGGCCUUGGAGGAGGGUUUGCUGGACACAGCCACGCUGCCAGCGCAGUUACGGAAGCAGCAGAAUUUCCAGGCGGAGCUGGACGCGAGCAUGCACCAACAGCAGGAGCUGCAGCGGGAGGGACAGAGGCUGCUGCAGGGGGGCCAUCCAGCCUCAGAGGCCAUCCAGGAGCGACUGGAGGAGCUGGAAGCACUCUGGGGUGAGCUGCAAGACAACUUCCAGAAGAAGGUGGCCAAGCUCCAGAAGGCCUGCGAGGCCCUGCAUCUGCGGCGGAGCAUGGAGGAACUGGAGAACUGGCUGGAGCCCAUCGAAGUUGAGCUGAGAGCCCCCACUGUGGACCAGGCCCUGCCUGGGGUGGGCGAGCUCCUGGGCACACAGAGGGAGCUGGAAGCAGCAGUGGACAAGAAGGCUAGGCAGGCUGAGGCACUGCUGGGCCAGGCCCAGGCCUUCAUGAGGGAAGGCCACUGCCUUGCCCAAGACGUGGAAGAGCAGGCCCGGCAGCUGCUUCAGAGGUUCAAGAGCCUGAGGGAGCCCCUGCAGGAGCGCAGGACGGCCCUGGAGGCCCGGAGCCUCCUCUUGCAGUUCUUCAGGGACGCUGAUGAGGAAAUGGCCUGGGUGCAGGAGAAGCUGCCUCUGGCCGCUGCCCAGGACUACGGCCAGAGCCUGAGUGCGGUGCGGCACCUGCAGGAGCAGCACCAGAACCUGGAGAGUGAGAUGAGCAGCCACGAGGCUCUGACCCGGGUGGUGCUGGGCACUGGGCACAAGCUGGUGCAGGCUGGGCACUUUGCCGCCCACGAGGUGGCCACCCGGGUGCAGCAGCUGGAGAAGGCCAUGGCCCACCUACGGGCAGAGGCGGCGCGGAGGCGGCUUCUGCUGCAGCAGGCUCAGGAGGCCCAGCAGUUUCUGACUGAGCUCCUGGAGGCGGGAUCCUGGCUGGCCGAGCGGGGCCAUGUCCUGGACAGCGAGGACAUGGGCCACAGUGCUGAGGCCACACAGGCGCUUCUGCGGCGGCUGGAGGCCACCAAGAGAGACCUGGAAGCGUUCGGCCCACGCAUCGAGCGGCUGCAGCAGACAGCAGCACUCCUGGAGAGCAGGAAGAACCCAGAAAGCCCCAAGGUGCUAGCCCAGCUGCAGGCAGUUCGGGAGGCCCACGCAGAGCUGCUGCGGAGGGCGGAGGCCAGGGGGCACGGUCUGCAGGAGCAGCUGCAGCUACACCAGCUGGAGCGAGAGACCUUGCUCCUCGACGCCUGGCUGACCACUAAGGCAGCCACCGCCGAGUCCCAGGACUAUGGGCAGGACCUGGAGGGCGUCAAGGUGCUGGAAGAGAAGUUUGAUGCUUUCAGAAAGGAAGUGCAGAGCCUGGGCCAGGCCAAGGUGUAUGCCCUGAGGAAACUGGCAGGCACCCUAGAGCGGGGUGCACCCAGGUGCUGUCCCCACAUCCAAGCCCAGAGGAGCCGCAUUGAGGCCGCUUGGGAGAGGUUGGACCAAGCAAUAAAAGCCCGCACAGAGAACUUGGCUGCAGCCCAUGAGGUCCACAGCUUUGAGCAGGCAGCAGCUGAGCUCCAGGGAAGGAUGCAGGAGAAGACGGCCCUGAUGAAGGGAGAGGACGGAGGCCACAGCCUGUCAUCUGUGCGGACCCUGCAGCAACAGCACAGGCGCCUGGAGAGAGAGCUGGCAGCUAUGGAGAAGGAGGUGGCACGGGUACAGACGGAGGCCUGCCGACUGGGCCAGCUACAUCCUGCGGCUCCGGGGGGCCUGGCCAAGGUGCAGGAGGCCUGGGCCACCCUGCAGGCGAAGGCCCAGGAGCGAGGCCAGUGGCUGGUGCAGGCUGCACAGGGCCAUGCCUUCCUCGGGCGCUGCCAGGAACUGCUAGCAUGGGCACGGGAGAGGCAGGAGCUGGCGUCCUCCGAGGAGCUAGCUGAGGACAUGGCGGGGGCUGAGCAGCUCCUUGGGCAGCAUGAAGAGCUGGGGCAAGAAAUCAGGGAGUGCCGCCUUCAAGCCCAGGACCUGCAGCAGGAAGGACAGCAGCUGGUGGACGACAGCCACUUCAUGUCCCCGGAGGUGACAUGGUGUCUGCAGGACCUGGAAGGGCGGCUGCAGGAGCUGGAGGAGGCUUGGGCCCUGCGCUGGCAACACUGUGCCAAGAGCUGGGGCCUGCAGAAGCUUUGGCAGAGGCUGGAGCAGGCUGAGGCCUGGCUGGCCUGCCGGGAGGGCCUCCUGCUGAAGCCCGACUAUGGGCACUCAGUGUCAGAUGUGGAGUUGCUGCUGCACAGACACCAGGACUUAGAAAAGCUGCUGGCAGCCCAGGAAGAGAAGUUUGCCCAAAUGCAGAAGACAGAGAUGGAACAGGAGCUCCUGCUGCAGCCACAGGAGCUGAAACCCGGGAGAGCUGGCAGCUCGCUGACAUCCUUUCAGUGGAGGCCCUCCGGACACCAGGGGCUAGGAGCGCAGCUGGCUGAGACAAGGGGCCCCCAGGAUGCAAAGGGUACCCCCACCAUGGAGGGGUCUUUGGAGUUCAAGCAGCACCUGCUGCCUGGCGGGAGGCAGCCCAGCUCGAGCUCCUGGGACAGCUGCCACGGGACCUUGCAGGGCAGCUCCCUGAGCCUCUUCCUGGAUGAGAGGAUGGCAGCGGAGAAAGUAGCUUCCAUGGCCCUCCUUGACCUCACGGGAGCCCGGUGUGAGAGGCUGCGGGGCCACCAUGGCAGGAAACACACAUUCUCCUUAAGGCUGACCAGUGGGGCAGAGAUCCUGUUUGCGGCACCGUCCGAAGAGCAGGCUGAGAGCUGGUGGCGAGCCCUGGGCUGCCCUGCAGCCCAGAGUCUGAGCCUGGAACUCAAAGCCAAACCUGUCAGCUCUCCGAAUGAGUGCGUGACCAAGGAUGCCCGGCCUGGAUGUCUACUCAGGUCUGAUCCCUGAGGUGAACCCCAAUGCAACACCAAACUUCAGGGCCACAAGCGAGGACACAUCUAGGGGACCAGAAUGAGACUCAGCUACAGGCAAAAGGGCUCCUUCCCGUGGCUGCUUCAACCCAGUUCCCCAGGCCCAGCUUCUGGAAUAGACAGUUCCUUCUUGUUACAUGAGUCCUACCAUGUGGCAGGAAACAGCCAUUGCCUGGCCUCCCCCUGCAUUCCUGUCUGGGUGAAGACUGUCUGGGUGAAGAGGAGACGUGUUACAGCAGAGCAGGUGGGCAAGGCCAGGGCUACCCCAGGCCCCCGUGGCCUCCUCCUUGCUUGGAAGGGGUGACUCUGAGCACAGGUAGACGCAGACGUGUGCAGAGAGAGAAUGUGCGCUUCGGAGGAAGAACACUGAUGAGCGAGCUCUGUGCCAGCCCUUGCCAUGUACAACCAAGAGCCUAGAAUGACAUGGCCCUUCUCAGCAGUAAUAACAGAUGGUCUCAGCGCCUCCCAUUUA